AUGAACUUUUGCCAAUCAUCGAGGGGAUACUUUUGCUGCGCGAUGCACCUGAGCCCGUUGCAGUCACGGUUGGCGGCUUCGGUUGCUGCUUCUUGCUUGUUGGUUUUGUUGUAUUUGAGCCUCUUUUCACCGCACUUUGCCGUUGCCGAGCUCGACCGGCCGCCGCGGCUUUUACCGAUUGUAUUCGAUGACGACCUCGAUUUUACGCCCAACCUCCCGGCGGGCGGGCCGAUGUAUGAGCCGGAUUUCAUAGGGUUCGACAGGAGCAUCAUUGGACGGGCAGCGGACGGGUUGUUGAAGCUGGAGAACACGGACCCUACGCCUAUGGACUUGGAGGAGGGGAGCACGACGAGGUUUUGGUUUCCUUUGGCGGUUCUUGCUGGGCGGGAAGGGGGGGUUGGAGUUGAGAGGUGA